AUGGCAAAACCUUCAGGCUCCUAUUGUCUCCUCAUCUCUUGUCUAUUUGUCUUGUUUGUGAGUUGCACCUCAGAAGUCAAAAAUGAACAAGACAAACAGGUGUAUAUAGUAUACAUGGGGGCACUUCCAAGCCGUGUUAACUACAUGCCAACGGACCAUCACACUAGUAUUCUUCAAGAAGUCACCGGAGAGAGUUCAAUUGAGAAUCGAUUGGUUAGGAAUUAUAAAAAGUUCAACGGAUUUGCGGCUUGGCUAACAGAAAACGAAAUGCAGAUACUAGCAAGUAUGGAAGAUGUUGUGUCGGUGUUUCCUAGCAAGAAUCUGAAAAUACAAACGACGGCUUCCUGGGAUUUCAUGGGUCUCAAGGAAGGCAAAAGGGCAAAGCGACACCUUAGCAUAGAGAGCGAUAUAAUCAUCGGUGUCAUCGACAGUGGAAUUUACCCUUUAUCCGACAGCUUCAGUGACAAGGGCUUUGGUCCUCCUCCUAAGAAAUGGAAAGGAGCAUGCCAAGGCGGGAAAAACUUCACUUGCAACAACAAGCUAAUUGGAGCUAGGUACUACUUAGAGGGGGUUCCUCAGACAGCGAUGGAUAGCGAGGGACAUGGAACUCAUACAGCGUCUACGGCAGCUGGAAACGCUGUUAAUGACGUGAGCUUUUACGGACUCGGCAACGGAACCGCAAGAGGUGGCGUUCCAGCCGCAAGGAUAUCGGUUUACAAAGUCUGCGGCAUCACAAAGUGUCCUUCUCAUGGGAUUCUAUCCGCAUUUGAUGAUGCGAUAGCAGACAACGUGGACCUCAUCACCAUCUCCAUCGGUGCGGAUUACGGUUUACGGUUCGAGGUGGACCCCAUCGCAAUCGGGGCUCUCCAUGCCAUGGCCAAGGGAAUUCUUAUAGUGAAUGCUGCUGGAAACGAGGGUCCAGCUCUUAGCACGGUCUCGAGCGUCGCGCCGUGGUUAUUCACGGUCGGAGCUAGUAACACCAACCGUGCUUUCCUUACCAAAGUUGUUCUCGGAGACGGAAGGACAGUUGUCGGAAGAUCGGUAAAUACAUGUGAUCUCAAAGGAACAAAGUACCCUCUGGUGUACGGAGAAUUAGCUUCUAGUAGUUGCAAUGCAACUGCAGCCCGAUUAUGCUCUCGAGGAUGUCUAGACAAGAAACUGGUCAGGGGGAAGAUUGUGUUGUGCGAUUCAUCGGAUUAUAUCGAAGAAGCAAAAAGUUUGGGAGCCGUGGCGUCCAUUGUUGGGAGCAGCACAGGAGACACUGCCUUUGUUUUCUCUUUCCCUGUCUCUGUUCUAGCCGUAGCCGAGUAUAAUAUCGUCCUCUCGUAUUUGAACUCCACAAAAAACCCUAAAGCGGCUGUUUUGAAAAGUGAGACGAUCUAUAACCAGAAAGCUCCAGUCAUUGCUUCCUACUCUUCUCGUGGCCCGAACCCAAUCGUUCCUGAUAUUUUGAAGCCGGAUAUAACAGCACCAGGAACAGAGAUCCUCGCUGCUUAUUCUCCUGAUGAUCCACCGAGCCUAUCAGACACAAGACAUGUGAAGUACUCUAUUCUUAGUGGAACUUCAAUGUCUUGUCCGCAUAUUGCUGGUGUAGCUGCAUAUCUCAAAACGUUUCACCCUCGCUGGUCUCCUUCCAUGAUCAAAUCCGCCAUCAUGACUACCGCUUGGCCAAUGAAUGCAUCUACUUCUUCCCUAGACGAGAUGGCCGAGUUCUCUUACGGAGCGGGCCAUGUCGAUCCGGUAGCCGCAAUUCAUCCUGGACUCGUCUACGAAGCUAAUAAAGUCGACUACAUCGCUUUUCUGUGCGGCUUGAACUAUACCGCAAAGACCUUCAGACUCAUCUUUGAAGGCAAAAACUGCACUAAAGAACAGUCUGGAUCUUUACCCCGAAACCUAAAUUAUCCUUCUAUGACUGCUCAAGUCUUGGCGACAAAACCCUUCCAAGUGACUUUCCGUAGGACAGUCACAAACGUCGGAAUGUCUAACACGACCUAUAAAGCAAAGGUAGUGGGAUCUAAACUCAAUGUGAAGGUCAUUCCAAAUGUCUUCUCUUUAAAGUCAAUGUACGAGAAGAAGUCUUUCACGGUGACCGUUUCAGGCAAUGGUCCAGAAGCUGGAAAACUUGUGUCUGCACAACUGAUCUGGUCUGAUGGAUUCCACUUUGUGAGAAGCCCCAUCGUUGUUUACGCCGCAAAAUGAUGAGUCUGAUUAUGAAUCAGUUUCUGCCUCUAUGUGGAUUAUGAACGUUAGUUCUUUACUGUUGAUGCCAUGUUUGUUGAUUAUGAUUGGAUAACUCCCAUCAAGGGA